GAGCCCGAGGAGCCCGGGGGGUGGGCUGCGAAGGCUCAGAGAUCGUCGAAGUCGGCCACUCCAGCCAUCGAGGACGCGCGCGCGGGCGACGCGGCUACGGGGCUGGACGAGCUAUCGUCGAAGAAGGGCGUGAAGGGCGCCCCGCAGCUGAAGAACGCCUCGCGCAACAGCGUGGCGCACAAGGGCGCGCCCUACGAGCUGAGCGCCAGCAACCUGAAGGGCGUCAAAGCCACCGACUUCCUCAACGUGACCAAGACCGUCGCGCAUGGCCGAGUUGCAGGCUGCAAGGACCGCGGCGACGUCUGGCACGAGACGGACAGCGACGGGGGCGAGAUGUGGUACGAGAAGAAGAAGAUCAGGGGCGUUACCGACGCAGUGGAGAAGAAGAGCGAGUCCAAGAAGGACAACCCCAUGAAGGACGUGGCAGAGUUCAAGCAGAUGGCCCAGGACAGUUGCGCGACCAACGAGGCCUGGCCCCAGAAGGCCAUCGGGCGCGGCAAGAAGGGCAGUGGGCCACCUUCGUCUCGGGCGGCUCCGUCGACCAAGGGCGUCGUCACCUACGAGACGGCGCAGGUCAUGCAGGGCGCCUGGGGCGCCAGCGCCCAGCUCACCGCU